GUUAGUUCAAAAAUAAAACGUCAUCCCUUUUUUAGAUUUAUAUAAUUUUCCGAAAAUGUGUGAAGCUGUGCUGGAAAGGGCCCGUCUACAGAAAGCGGAAACUAGGAGGAAAUAUCAAUUAUUUAAAAUAGAAAAUAUGACCGUUACAUCACCACCAGCACUGAAAAUCUACUAUUGGGAAUAUUUCGGAAUUGAUAAAUUCAACAAGGAAAUUUAUAAAGAUACAUCUAAUUUUCAACAUGACAUCACAAUGCCAAUGCGUCAAAUCCAUAGUCGUCCAUUGAAAAUUAUUCUCUGGCUGCGUAAUGUAUCCGACAAAAGUCUCGCCAUACGUUUGAAACGCAUACAACAAUGCGAAUGCGUACCAUUGGAAACGCGCGUCGGCUUCAAUCAGUUCCGGCAAUUGUUCCACUGUCCGCAUAGACGUCUGGUACAUAUUUUACAGGAAUCCAUCCACAUGAAGCCCGGAGACUUAGUAGCGAUGAGAGUCGUUUUCUAUUAUUUCCUUUUUGGCGAGCAUACGCUUACAUAUGAAUUCAAUUGCUCCGAUUCGCGAGUUUUUUCAGUUAAUUUCAAACUCAACGUUAUCACUUUCGAUCCGAUCGCCUGUAUUAUGACAAAGGAGCUUAUCCCGAGCAAUUUAAGGGAGCAUCGUCGCUUCGUUCAACCGAUUUGGGUGCGCAACAUAACACCACAACAUUUGAAUUUCGUAUUUGCAACCCGUGAGCGUGGGUUAAGAUUAAUGAACCCGAAUUUAACCGUACCCCGCCUAAGUGUAUGGCCUUUGAUGCUGGAAUAUAGGCCAAGCGAUAUGGAAAAUGAGUUGGAAUUCCAUUUGAAUUUUGAAAAUAUCCGCACGAAAUUCCAUGUCAAAGCGAUGGGUUACCUCGACACGGUUGCCGCAGACCCAGAUGUGCCCAUUGAAGAUUAUGAAUGUGCGGACUUUCCUUAUGUAAUUUACCCCAAUAAGCUUGAUUUCGAUAUGGAACGUACAGAGCGCCGAAGUUUGAUGGUCUCAAUACACAACUACAACCAAAAAUGUGUUGAGUUUCGUUGGCAAAACUACGUUAUCAGCGAUUUAUUUGAGGUAAAUUUUGAGCCGAAUAUAUUUCGUCUCAAACCACAUCAUUCGAAACUAUGUGUGGUUGAUUUGCAAGUUUUUGAGCGUCCGCUCGUUUUUAAACGCAUUCCUCUGGCACUUGAAGUGCAUCGCGUGCUCGAUAAAUCAACGAAAAUUGCAAAGGAACUACUAGAAGAAGUCGAAUCCAUCGAUAAUCCUAAAUGGAAAGAGCCCAGCUAUAUAGGGCAUAUUUUUUUGCAUCUAAAUGUGAAAGUAAAUUUUAAGCCUGUGGAAACGAUAAAUAUUCCUUGGGAACCCUCACCGUCGAAACGUGAGCAUCUAUCCGUAAAAGUAUCGAAUACAACAGUUUUCGAAAAACUAUAUUGGGAUUACUUGUCUCAAUCGAAUUUUAUGCGGCCACCAACAACCGAGGAGCUUAACGAUGAACUCUGCUAUGACGAGGUCAUACGCUCGCAUUCGAAUCUAUCACCGUUUAUAAAAACUAUAGAAAUCGACCGCAAUAUCAUAUUGCGAAUCAUCAGUCAGCUUAUUGCCGAAUCUCUACGUGAUUUGGCAAAGAAUUGGCAUUUCAUACCUGACGAAUUUUGUGAAGAGCCUCGAUAA